ACAAGCGUUGCAGCGCCACUGCGUACCACUAAUCACCCAAUCAGCCCCCACAGUGUUUCACAGUGUGUCACAGCGUGUACCAUUGAGUUUCACCGGCAGGGGAAUCCCCGGUCGUCUAGUUUCACUUUCACUUUAGAGUACGAGGAGAAACGGACUUCUUUGUGAGGACGGAAAUUGUACGGCACAUUUAAACAAAAAAACUGAAGAAACUAUGGAGUUCAAAUAUCCAGAGGCUCGCAGGGAUGAAAGCAAAAUUGACAACUACCACGGCACGGAAAUCCCAGAUCCCUACGCGUGGCUGGAGGAUCCGGACAGUGAGGAGACGAAGGCGUUCGUGGAGGCCCAGAAUGAGCUGACCAUGCCUUUCCUGGAGAAGUGUGCCCUCCGGGGGAAAUUCACAGAGAGAAUGACAGAGCUUUAUGACUAUCCCAAAUACAGCUGCCCCUACAAGAGAGGGAACAAGUACUUUUUCUACCACAACACGGGUCUGCAGAACCAGAGUGUGCUGUACAUACAGGACUCGCUCGACAGUGACCCGCGGAUCUUCUUCGACCCAAACAAGCUCUCCGCAGAUGGGACGGUCUCCCUGCAAAUGGCGCGUCUGUCGGAGCAGUGCGAGUGCUUUGCCUACGGGCUGAGUGGCAGUGGCUCGGACUGGGUCACUGUGAAGUUCAUGAUGGUGGCGGAUCAGAAGGAGCUGCCCGACACUCUGGAGAGGGUGAAAUUCAGCUGCCUGUCCUGGACUCACGACGACAGAGGAGUCUUCUACAACUGCUACCCCCGGCAGGAGGGCAAAGCCGACGGUACUGAGACCACCACCAAUCUCCAUCAAAAGCUGUACUACCAUGUGAUCGGAACAGACCAAUCCCAGGACAUCUUGGUUGCUGAGUUUCCUGAUAAUCCCAAAUGGCAGAGUACUGCUGAGGUGUCAGAUGACGGGCGCUACGUCCUCUUAAAUAUCCGUGAAGGGUGCAAGCGUGUCAACCGUCUCUGGUACUGUGACCUACAGCUGCUGCCCAACGGGAUCAAGGGCCUCCUUCCCUGGGUCAAGGUGAUUGAUAACUUCGAUGCCAAGUACUCGUACAUCACCAACGAAGAGACUGUUUUCACCUUCCUGACGAACCUGGAUGCACCUCGCUCGCGAGUCAUUAACAUCGACCUGAGUGACUGCGACCCCACCCACUGGAGGACACUGAUCCCAGAGCACCACAAGGACGUCUUGGAUUUUGUGACCUGCGUGAACGGGCAGUUCCUGGUGGUUGACUACAUGCGCGACGCCAAGGAUGUGCUGCAGCUGUUCAGCCUUACCUCUGGGAAGCUGCUGAAGACCCUGCCCCUGGAUCUGGGCACCAUCGCCGGCUUCAGCGGCCGCAAGAAAGACACUGACAUCUUCUACAAGUUCUACUCCUUUCUGCAGCCAGGAGUCAUCUACCACUGUGACCUGACCUCAGAGACCCUGGAGCCCACAGUGUUCAGACAGGUGGAGGUGAAGGGCUUCAACCCCUCGGACUACCAGACUGUCCAGGUCUUCUUCCCCAGUAAGGAUGGCACCAAGAUUCCCAUGUUCAUCGUGCACAAGAAGGGCAUUAAGCUGGACGGGUCUCACCCGGUACUGCUGUAUGGCUAUGGAGGCUUCAACAACUCCCAGCAGCCUUCAUACAAUGUUGCGUACCUCAUCUUUGUCAGACACUUGGGGGGAGUCCUCGCCGUCGCCAACAUAAGAGGCGGGGGGGAGUAUGGAGAGACCUGGCACAAAGGAGGAAGUCUGGGGAACAAGCAGAACUGCUUCGAUGAUUUCCAGUGUGGUGCUGAGUAUCUGAUCAGAGAGGGGUACACCUCCUCCUCCAAACUCACCAUCAGGGGAGCGUCUAACGGAGGCCUGCUAGUCGCCGCCUGUGUGAACCAGCGUCCGGAGCUGUUUGGCUGUGGCAUUGCCAAGGUGGGUGUGAUGGACAUGCUGAAGUUCCACAAGUUCACCAUCGGCCACGCCUGGACCACGGACUACGGCUGCUCCGACAACGAGGAGGAGUUCCACUGGCUCAUCAAGUACUCCCCCCUGCACAACCUGCCCCUCUCCUCCAGCCCCGCGCCUCCCUACCCCGCCAUGCUGCUGCUGACUGGGGAUCACGACGACCGCGUGGUGCCCCUGCACUCCCUCAAGUACACAGCCACCCUGCAGCACUGUGUGGGCCGCCGCCCCAGCCAGAGACAGCCCCUGCUGAUCCGCAUCGACACCAAGAGCGGGCAUGGAGCUGGCAAGCCCACUGCCAAGGCCAUCCAGGAGGAGGCGCACAUCUUCAGCUUCAUCGCAGAGACCCUGGGGCUGAGCUGGAGGGACUGAGCACAGGCAGAGGGGCGCGGCUGAGACACUGAUGCACUCUUUAAUUCUGGGGCUGUGAUGGAGAGACACUAACACAGAUAGAUCCACACACACAUACACACACACACAAACACACACAAACACACACACACACACACACACACACACACACACACAGAGGGGGCAUUCAUAGGGGACAGACAGACAGAUCCUCAGACACAGGGACAGGUUGAAGAGGGGCACACCUUCUUCAGACCCAGGGUUAAGCCAGAAGGACCCAGACAGACACAUGGACAGACAACCCAGGGUUAUAAAAGACUGUUGUUUUUAAAUCUAUUUGAUUGAUUAAAUAACAUACCUGAAACUGUU